UAAAUACAUGCUUAUUUAUUUAUUACUUGGUAACAUGAAUUUCAUGUGCCAGGUAAACUUUUCCGGCUGCAUUACCAGUAAAGCUUUAUGCUCUCAGUUUAACUUAUAUUUUUACCAUAUGCUUUGCACGUGUAUUACCAAAUUUUGCCGUAACGUUAGUACGGACAUAUUACUAGUCUCAAAUAACGCACUAUACGUAGAAAAUAAAACCUCAAAAAUUCUAUGGAUAUUCAAACUUGAAUGUGCGGUUAUCUUAUAAAAUCAAAAUUCCAACCAAACAACUCGACCUCGCCGUCGCCGUCGUCUUUAAUCGAAAAGAAAUGGAAAAAAAAGUCAGCGUUUUUUGUUGCCCCAGAUUUGCGAGAUCGAUCUCAGCAAUCUCCCCCAAUUGCGCCCAAGAUGAACGAUCUCAUGACCGACUCCUUCGUCGGCGCGGCCGCUGCGGCGGCGGCGCCGCUGGAUCGGCAAGACGGCGGCGGGGGUCCCGGCGACCAGAAGCUCGAGGCGUUCCUCCGGGAGGCGGAGGCCGCCAAGGACGAGAUGGCGGCGCUGCGCGACGAGCUGUCCCGCCUCCAGGCCGCGCACGAGGCGUCCAAGGCGCUGCUCCGCCCCGGCGCGCCGCGCGCCGCCACGCAGGCCGCGCUCGUCCGCCUCAUCGGCUCCGCCGGCCGCCUCCGCGCGCGGCUGGCGUCCAUGGACCGCCGCGCCCCCGCCCCGGCCACCACCGCCGCCACCGCCGGCCUGCGCGGCCGCCUGCAGGACCUCACCGCGGGCGUCCAGGUCCUCCGCCGCCAGGUCUCCGCGGAGCGCCGCGGCGACGCGGCGCGCUGCUACCUCGCCGUCGCCGGGGAGGCCCCGACCGAGGAGCAGCUGGACCGGCUCGUCGCCGCCGGCGGGGCGAACACCGACGCCGAGGCGGCGGUGCGGGCGGCCAUGAAGUCCUCCUCGGAGGCGGAGGAGGUGGAGGGCGGCCUCCUCGAGCUGCAGCAGCUGUUCCUCGACAUGGCGGCGCUGGUGGAGUCCCAGGGCGCGCGCGUCGACGACAUCGAGCGGCACGUGGCCGCGGCCGCGGGCGACGUGGGCGCCGCCGAGGGGGAGCUGAGGGAGGCCCAGCGGCUGCGCGUCGCCGCGCGGCGGCGGCGCCUGUGGUUGUCCGCUGGCCUCGCCGUGCUGCUUCUCGUCGUCCUCGCCGCGGCGGCCGCCGCGUUGGCGCUCGCUCUGGCGCGGCGCAAGGGCGGCGCGACACAGCUCGCCGCCGACGCGGCUGAUCUCGCCGCGUUCUUGUGAGCUCCACGCCCAGUGAUCUCUGUGCUUGUCUGAGAAGUCUCCUUGUCUGUGUUAGUUGUAUAUCUGAUUAUAUUGUUUUUGUAUUCAAAAUUUGCAACCUUUUUGAGGGGUAUAUGAUUUUAUACUGUCAAGGAAAUUAAAGAGUGGAUCAAUUGAAAUGUUCAACGGAAAAGGACA